AUUGGCAACAUCUAUCCACUCGCUCCCCUAAUUUAAGAGGUAUUGGAGGCUUAUGUUCGCUAUUAUUAGCUUAAACCCUCCAUCACACACAAAAUACCGCAAUUUUUACGCUUGCCGACAGGAGAUGAUUUGCUGACAGCGUGCGCGAGAAGAGUAUUUUUCCGAUACGGCCACGGACGCAUUAGUGGAAGCUAUAGAAGCUAUAGAAGCUAUAGUAACGAAUCAGGCAAGCCUGACCGACCAAAGACAAAAUUGAGGAUUUGACUUCCAUGCUCGGGUUCUAGAAGCGUCUUCGUCGGCGUUCUUUUGGAGGAGCUACAUUUACCCCGAGAGCUCCCAGAAGCUGGAGGGUCCACUUUGGUAUGGCUACCCUGGUACAUGAUUUGGCGCGCCGCCAUCUUUAACCUUUUGGGUAAGCAAAAAAGUCGUGCGGUGCAUCUCGCAUUUUUCCCGCGAAAAGUGUUUGGCCUUGUUCCAGGUUCGAGAAUUCGCCGACAGCUGUCGUGAAUGAGCAAUACUGUGGUCAGUAUGCCUUUACAACUCUCGUGCAAAGCUACAACAUUGUCGAGAUGACGAACCUCCUUAUAUAAAUUGAGGUAUGCAAUCCUUGGCAUUCUCACCAGGUCACAAUACGAGAGGCCGUAAUGGAGAGCAACGACCGAGGAAGAUAUUGCUUAUAAAUUGUAAGGGGUACACGUGGAGUUGCGACCUGUAGAGACAAGAAACGCUCACAGACAAAAUUUUACGAGCGUGCUUUGAUCUUAGAAUGAGCUGCAAGCCUACAUUUAAAAUUGCACCGUGGCGCGUCAGACUGCUUUUGUCGGACCAAAUCAUUCAAGCCAAUUUCAUUCUCAAGCAAUAUGAGCAAUCCUAACUAGAUCUGAAUGGAACUGAUUUCAUCGUCAAUCUCAUAGCGAGAAAUUCUAGCAAGUUCGCAGCAUGGGUUCACAUGACGUGGUUAUUCAUACCAGUGAAAUUUCUAUACGCCAUACCGCUCUUACCUGGUUCUUUACGCAACAACGCGAGCGUCAUGUCAUUCUGGUUGCGGUGAAUUCACGCCUGUCCACAGCACGAUCUGGCUGGGUCCACAUGACGUGGUUAUUCAUUCCAGGGAUUUUUUCUGACAAAAGUGCUUCAGCAUAACCACUGGGUCUUGAGGUGUAACCAAAUUCAAGUCGAAAACCACUAAGCGCACAAGCCCGACACUGGCAAGACACCAGCGGCAAAAAAACAUACAGGAUGAAGACUUUUGUCUUGAAUUGAAUAACCAGAGUAUCUUUUUGAGUGAGUGGGAUGAGAAAUGACCAUAUUAUGAAAAGGGAUUGGCAACGAAAUGACAGUCCUGACUACUUAUAUCCAACUUUGUGGCAAAGAAUGGGGAUAAUGUACCACCGAAGAAUCUAGGUCGAUAAUAUUUGUGAAUGAUGAAACGAGGACGGAAAGGACUCGUAAGUACACUUGCAGCUGGCAUUAGAAUCCAAGAUGCUACAGCUCCAAGCUGUGGGAAGCAGGUUUUUCGUGUAACAA